CUUGCCCUGUCGGCCUUCAGCUGUAUUUCUCAUUCAUACAAUGUAAAGAACUUCUUUCUACAAUGAAUCAAUCAACGCAUCAAUGGCAAUUCACUGUGCUUCGCACCUACUCCUCGGCCCCAAAGUAGCGUUGCCGCUCACUACUUGCUUCUUCGGCACUCAGCUAUCGCAGAAGGAAAUGGCUGUUCGCGAUGAUCCUGAAACAUGUUGCCAGAAAUAAAGACACGAGCGCGACCCUACCUUUCGCCAUGCCCCAUUCUCUUUUCUCUGUUCUGGCCUCACCCUCUUGAGGGCAGUGUUUUCAUACUUCUGCUCCUGCUUGACGUCUCUGUUCCUUCUGCCGCCGUUUCGUUUAUCCUUCCCUUUCUGAGCCAUCCCAGGGCAGACUUCCCGGUUUCGCUUCUAUUGUGGCAUUCAUCAACAUAAUGCCCUUGCUUCCUGACAUGGUCAUAGCCGCCAGGCAAGUGUUCGAGGACGAAACGCCACACGAAGUCAGUGCCUUCAAAUACUACUUCCUCCUCAUCGGCGUGUUUGUUGUGAUGGUCGCUUUCUUUCUAUGGUACUUGCAUCGACGUUCGAAGCAUAGAAGAGAGUAUUGUGGGCAGGACAGCGAGCAGCCACCAGCAAGGGAUAUCCAAACGUGGUCUCAACCUCGGAGAUUCAUGUAUGGUAUUUACGAAGCCAGCAACUCAUUUCUUAGCCGCCAGAGUGAAGGCCUAGAUCAAAAUGGCGAUGCUCCACCACCGUAUCAGCCCAAGUCAAGAGCCCCAACUAUCGAUGUGGAGAUUCCACUUCCAACCCUAUCGAGGAGUCUGAGUCAACGCUCACAACGCUCCCAACCACCGCAAUAUCCUAGCAGUACUGGAGGAGCCACAAGUACUACCGAACGACAGGAGGUUAUUCAUUCUUGAAGAGUCAUUGGAACAAGACACGAGGGCCAGCCUUGCGAUUUGGCUACAUGGAGAGAAUUUGGGACCAUAAUAUUUACCAGAGUUCACAUUUGGCAUUUUGUUCGACUACGGAAACUUUUGUCAACCUCUAUAAAUCAACUCAUUCACAGUUCCCA